AUGGCUAACGAAAGACAAUCUGCGAACGCGAUCAGAUUCUACGAAGCAAAGUCUGCGGACUAUGAUGGGACCUGGCAUGAUGACUUUACGAGACGGUUCUUCUCCUACCUUGACGUAAGAGAGGGACAAAACGUGCUAGACCUAGCAUGCGGCACCGGCCUGCUAACUUUCUUGCUGGCGGACAAGGUCGGAAAAUCGGGCAGCGUUGUGGGUAUCGAUGUUACGCCUGGCAUGCUUGGUAUCGCAGGCCAAAAGAAAGAGCUAGGCGGGGACAAGUACGCGAAUGUGAGCCUGCACCAGGCUGAUGUCUUACACUUGGAUGAGACCGAAGUUCUGAAAGGCAAGACGUUCGAUGUCAUUACUGUGACUUCAGCUCUGGUGCUUUUUCCAGACCCAAAAGCAGCGAUCGAGCACUGGUCGACGUACUUGAAGCCUGAUGGCAUUCUUGCUGUGGAUGCGACACAUCCCAGGAAUCUGAUAUCUGGCAUGGUAUUGGAACGUGUCGCCCGUCGCUUGGAUCUACCCAUUCCGUACAAUCGCUCCUGGAGUCAGUCGGAGUCAACUCUUCAGGCUAUGCUCGAGUCUGCCGGGCUCGAAGUCGAGAGUGUAAUAACAGUGGAUAACCAGGCCGGGUACGGUAGGCGUUACUACGACGUCGAUCAGUGGGAUGACUUCUUCGUGGAGACGGUUAUUGUCAAAGAUGUUAUGCGGACAUUUGCAUCCAAUGACAUCAGAAGAAAAGCGCAAGGAAUCUACAAAGAGGAGUGGGAGAAGAUAGCAAUCGACGGAAAGGUGGAAGAAGUCGACGCCGUGUUCCUUGGUGUCGCCAGGAAACGCGCGAUUAACAAGUUCGCAGCUGCCAAUGGAACAACCUACGUGCCAAAGGCGGAUGUUGACAGCAUCGUCUUCAAGGGUGGCUGUCGCUGUGGAUCUGUAACGUACACUUCGAGCGAGCCACCAUCAGACAUCACCCUAUGUCACUGCAGGGCGUGCCAACACUUAUCAGGCUCGGCAUAUCUGCCUUUCAUAUCCAUCCCGAAGAGGGCAUUCAAGUAUGCGGAAUCCUCAGCGCUCAAGUCGUUGAAGCUAUCAGAGGUCGCCGAGCGAACCCUUUGCGCCAGCUGCGGUACUCCUAUCACCAUGGGCUACACUUUCAAAGACGAUAGUAUCAGUGUGACAGUGGGCUCGAUCGACAUGGCGUCUUUAACGUGCCAGACCCCUAAAGUCAGGAUGCAUAUAUUCUUGAACGAGAAAGCACCUUGGGUUGUUCUGCCGGAGGAUGGGGCUGAGCGAUGGGGAACCUCGGAAUUUGCGCAUUUGCUCGAGUUCAAGAAAGACUGA